AAUUUUUUUUUUUUUUGAGUUGCGUAUUGACGAUUAUCUCAAUACUUUCAACACAUCUACAGAGUCCACUGUAACUAUAACUUUUAUUUAAAAAAAGUUAAUUCUCAUACUUAAUGUCCAUUUAUACAUUUAUAAAAGAAUAAUCAUUCAAAAAGUAGUUUAGCAUUUUAUUAAAAGCAUCUCUUUUAUCGAUUUAAAGAAAAAAAAAAAAUAAUAAUGGCUAAAAGUGACGACGAAGAGUCAAUGACAUAUGAAGAAGAGGAUAACUUUACUCAUGAUUCGGAUGAAGAAGGUGAAGACAUUGGUUAUGGUCGAAAAGGGAAUCCAAUCGAUGAUGAUGACGAUGAAGAAGAAGAAGAGGAAGAGGAUGAAGAAGAAGCUCGAAAAAUUGCUGAAGGUUUCAUUGUGGACGAUGAAGAAGAAUCUGACGCUUCUGAUGAAGUAACUGUUCGUCGUAAGAAAAGAAAGAAGGUUGACGACUAUGAUGAAGAUCUGGAUGAAGAAGAUUUAGAAUUAUUAGAAGAAAAUACGGGUAUCAAAAUUAAUCGUUCAACUGGUCCAAAAUUAAAACGUCUUAAACGUGGACGUGAAGAGCAAACCUACAAGAAAGCUAAACGUUCUGAUAAUAUCUUUUCUGACGAGGAUGAAGAAGCAGAAGAUAUUGCUGAAAGUACUUCUCGCGAUGUUCAUCGUCAUGAUCAAUAUGAGGAAGAAUAUGAUAAUAGAGCAAGUUAUAGACAUCGUGAUACCUAUGAUGAUAUGGGUGACUUUAUUGCUGAUGAAGAUGAAGAUGAUUUAAAUGAGGUCUUGGGUGGUAGUGGCCCAAAUCGUGGUUAUGCUGAUGACCGUGGUGGCCGUGGAAGAGUCAAUAAGGAUAUGAUGAAUAUUUUACCUGCUGGCAUAAGUGAAGAUGUCCUUGUUGAUAUGUAUGAUAUUUUUGGCGAUGGUGGAGAUUAUGAGUGGGCAUUGUAUGAUGAUGAGGAGAAUGAAGCAACAAAAGAACGCGAGCCUCAAUUGGCAGAUAUAUUUGAACCUAGUGAACUUGCUGAGCGAAUGAUGACAAAAAAGGAUGAAGAAAUUCGUUCACGUGAUGUUCCUGAGCGUUUACAAAUGCGUUAUGAAGGUUUCAACAAGCCUUUUGAACAGGCUACAAAUGAUGAAGUUCAAGAAGAAGGCGCCUGGAUUGCUCGUAUUAUGGCUAAUCAUCGUGGACAAGAGCAACCCACAGAUCAAUUUACUUCUGCUGUUGCUUACGUCGUAAGCUUUUUUACUCGUGAAUUCCUUGAAGUACCUCAUAUUAAAGAUCAUCGUCGUGAUUAUUUUACCGAAAUAGACAAAGCAACAGGCCUUACUAAAGAAAUUUUAACCGAAAAAGAUCUUUGGGAGAUCUAUGAUCUUGAUUUCAAAUACCAUAGUUUUGUGGAUCGUCGUAAUACUCUAAAAGAAUUUAUUGCUAAAUGUCAAAUCGAUGACGAGUAUAUAAAUACAAUGAUGAAUCGGGCCGAAAGAGUGGAGGAGAUUACAGAUUUGACAGAUUUCAUUAAUAUGAAGUUUUCAGACAAAAUUAACACUAUGCAACAACAAACACGUGGCCCUAAACGCCCCACAAAUAAAUCACUCUACGAAUUAAGUCGAAACUCAAAGAUGCACGAGUUUUUACCUCGAUUUGGUAUUACGGCUAAAGAGUUUGGUUCCAACUUUAUGGAGGGAAAUCGUCGCCAUUUCCCUGAAGAUUCAACUGUUGAUCCUGUUGUGGAAGCAGAUAUGUAUACAGAUCAAAGCUUUUCUGAUGCUCAAAAGAUUCUCAAGGCAUGUCGUUCUGUUCUUGCACAGGAAAUUUCUUAUGAUCCUCAAGUUAGAAAGGCAAUGCGUAAAGACUUUGAGUCCUAUGCUAUCAUUAGUGUCAAACCUACUGAAAAGGGAUAUAAUGUGAUUGAUGAGCUUCAUCCUAUGCAUCCCUUCAAAUUCUUGACAAACAAGCCAAUUACAGAAUUCAAAGAUGGACAAUUCUUACAUAUCUUGAAGGGUGAAGAUGAUAACUUGUUAAAGGUGAAUAUCAAUAUUAGUGAUUACUCUGCUUGGUUUGAUAGAAUUUGCGAAUUCUAUAUCUCUGAUGGCUAUAGUGAUUCAGUACAACAAUGGAAUGAACAGCGUAAACAAAUUAUUGAACAAGCACUCAAGGAGUAUUUGAUGCCCUUAAUGUCUAAAUAUGUUCGUGAAAAAUUGCGUAUUGAAGCCCAAGAAGCUAUCUGUCAAGCCUCCUUUAAUAGUCUUUACAACAAAAUUAAUGUAGGUCCCUUUAGAGGCCCUGAAUCGCAAUUUAAGAGCUCCUUACCUCGUGUUAUCACUGUCUCCUCGGGUAAUGGGGGUAAUAAGGAUCCAAUCGUUGCUGUCUUUGUGAAUCAACGUGGUAAAGUGUUGGAUCAGAUUGAAGUACCCAACUUGAAGGAUGAUCGUUACUGGAAGGAAAUGUCUGAUUUUAUCAAAUCCAAGAAAGCAAAUGUCUUGGGCAUUGCUGGCUAUAAUGCAGAGACGCGUCGUGUUAUUAAACACAUGCAGACCAUGAUUAGUGAAAUUAAUCAAUAUAACGAGCAAAAUGGCAUAUCAAAAAUGGAUAUGGUUGUUGUAGAUGAUGAAGCUGCUCGUCUUUACAAGAAUUCACGUCGUGCUCAAGAAGAAUUUGCUGAUUUUUCAGAAACAAUGCGUUAUUGUGUCUCACUUGCUCGUCGUUUACAAAGCCCCGUUUGGGAAUAUGCUGGUUUAGGACGCGAUCUGUUAGCCAUUCAUUAUCAUGAUCUUCAACAUUUAGUACCUGAAGAUACCCUCUUUUCUUACUUGGAGCGUGCUCUGAUUAGUGUUGUAAAUGAUUUAGGUUUUGAUAUUAAUGCUGCUAUUCAAAAUAGUUAUCUUGCAAGUGCAUUGCAAUACGUCUGUGGCUUUGGUCCACGUAAAGCUCAGAGCAUUCUCAAAAAAAUUGAGGCCACAGGUGAACUUGAAAGUCGUACAGCUCUUGUUCUUCGCAAAUUGACCCCGGCAAAUACCUUUAUGAAUUGUGCUAGCUAUCUUCGUAUUCGUGAUAUCGAUGGCGCUGACAUUUUAGAUGAUACUCGUAUUCAUCCACAAGAUUAUGAACUAGCUCGCAAGAUGGCCGCUGAUGCACUUGAAAUUGACGAGGAUGAAAUGGAUGAUUAUGAUUCAAAGGUAGCUGUGGUUACUCGUGUUAUCAAGGAAUAUCCUGAUAAAUUAAAUGAUUUGAUUCUAGAUGAUUAUGCUGUCGUCUUACGUAAGCAAUACAAUGCCCCUAAACGUCAAAUUUUGGAGCAUAUCAAAUUAGAACUUCAAGGCCCCUACCACGAUCGUCGUCAACGAUAUAGUCGUCCUACAACUGAAGAGGCCUUCAUUAUGGUAACAGGUGAAACUCGUCAAACACUUAGCGAGGGCUUUAUUAUCCCUGCUAUGGUUGUUGCCAUUCGUGGAAAAUUUGCCAAUUGCGUACUUGAUUCUGGCCUUGAAGGUAUGAUCUACAUAGACAAUGUAGCAGAUGAACGAAUCAUGAAUGUGAGUGAUGUCUUGCAAGUAGGACAGACGGUAAACUGUAAGGUGCUUCGUAUUGAUCGAGACAAAUUUAUGGUUGAUUUGUCCUGUAAACCUUCAGAUACGAAACCAGGAUCUGAUUUCAAUCUGCGCAAGUUACCAGAGGAUCCUUAUUAUGAUCGUGUUGAGGAAACGAAAGAACGUGAAGAACAUCGUGCAAGCAGUCGUCGAAAACAAGCUCGCUCUACACGAGUGAUUAAGCAUCCUCUCUUUAGACCUUUUAAUCAUAUUGAAGCAGAGGAAUACUUGUCCACACGUCAACGUGGUGAUAUCGUCAUCCGACCUUCCUCUCAUGGCUAUGAUCAUAUUGCAAUUACAUGGAAGGUAGAUGAUGAUAUCUAUCAACAUGUGGAUGUGGUUGAAGUUAAAAAUAAAAAUGAUAUUCAUGCUCCUGCUCGACUCAAGAUUGGCAAUUAUACGUUUGAAGACCUAGAUGAAUUAAUCGUUACCUAUAUUGAAGCUGUGGCACGUAAAGUAGAAGAACUGAUGGCCCAUCCUAAAUACCGUCCAGGCGGUAUUCGUGCAUUAAACGAUCAUUUAACAGCACAGACGCAAGCCAAUCCAAAGAUGUCUGCCUAUGGUUUCAAAUUAAGCGUUCGUGGUCCUCCAAUGCGUUGGGUUGUUCGUGUUUUACCUGAUGGAUAUCGUUUACGUGACGUUUCAUACCCUCAAGUAGAUGAUUUGAUUAAUGGAUUUAAACAUAUUCAAGUAGCAGAAGCUCAACGUCACAAAAAGAGAAGCAUGAAUAGAUAUUAAAUUAAUAAUAAUAAGAAUACACUCUCACAUUACAUGAAUGUAUAAAUUAUUUCAUUUUUACUUGAAAAAAAAAAUAUCAAUAAAUAAAUAUAUACACACAUUUUUUAUUAUUAU